GAGACCCGUUCUCUCUCCAAUCUUCACUCCCCAAACAGAAUUCUCCGAAACAAUCUCUAUAUAUGAUUCUUCCUUCCUAACCUCAUGAUUCUCGUUUACUCAUUCCCCUCCCAACUAACCGUGACAGCAUCCUUUUGCGUUUUCAACACCCUCUCAACCGUCACCUCCCGCCACGUGUCACUCCCUCAUUCGCCCUCCUCCGGCGCCUGUGAUCACCGCUUCCCACCGCUAUCAAAACCCCCAACACCUCAACCUUUCUUCUUUUUUUUUUUUCCUUCUUCUCUUCGUCACGAUUUCUAUCCUCGUCGCACUUUCGAACACUGAAAAUUGAGAUUGCAGAAGAAUAUCAAUGGAGAUGGCUCAGGUUAAGGCACGAGCUCGAACUGCAUUGGCCAUGGCAGCUUCCGCAACUUCACCGAAGAGAAGAAAAAUCUCCUUCGUUCAAAUCAAGAGUUUGAGCAACGCUACCUCUCCGACGACGGAGGAACGAAUCUCCGGCGAAUCUCCGGCUUCGUGCUGCUCCAGCAACGGAUCCUUCGACAACGAAAACCGAAUCAUCAAAUCCUCAGAUCUAGAGGUUGAGAGUGCGCAAGUUGAAACAUGGACGUGCAACUGCGGUGAACAACAACAACAAAAAAUAAGGAGAGAGAUGAGUCUCACGCGCGAGGUGGAUUCAACGGAGGAGCAUAUCACCAAAACCAAAUCUCGCUGCGUUCCAACGGAGUCGGAGCUCGAAGAUUUCUUCGCUGCUGCGGAGAAAGACAUUCAGAAACGCUUCACAGACAAGUAUAAUUAUGAUUUUGUGAAGGACAUGCCUUUGGAGGGACAAUACGAGUGGGUUAAAUUGAAGUCAUAAAAGUGAAAGUACCAACCUUGAAAGAAGAAGAAGAAGAAGACCGUUAAUUAAAAAAUCAUGCCACUUGCUGACAUUAUUUUUACGUUAAUUAAUUUACUUUAGGUACUUCAUUUUUUACUUCGACUUUUCGUUUUUUCACGGUAGGACUACGUUUGGUGUACAGUUAAUUUUAUUUUUCUUCUUCUAUGGUUAAAUUCCCUUUGUUAUUUAUUUGUGUACGGUUUAUGAUAUAGUUAUACGGAGAAAGCUAGUUCUGUGAAUUCCGUUGAUGGUA